AUGUUUGGAGGAUUUAUUACUAACGGAGGAAUGACAGGGCAUGAUAUGAAUGCACUUUCACAAGGCUUGGAUGAAAACACGGAAUUCAGUUAUCUCAAGAUUCGUAUUAAGCAAAUCGAGUACCUUGGAAAACGAUUAACAAAGUUUGGAAUUCCUGUUCAGAUGCCUUAUGGCUGCCAUGCUAUUUUUGUUGAUGCAAGGAAGUGUCUACUAGAUAUUCGUAAAGAACAAUAUUCAGCUAACGCAUUGGCUCUUCUGCGCCAAGUGGAUGUCAUGGAUAGAAAACACUCAAUUCAAUGUGGUUUCACGAUAACCUAG